AUGAUUCAAGCCAGUGGAUUAGCCACCGCCGAAUAUUGGAUGGUUCUGCUCGGCAACAGCACUGUCCGGCUCAACUCUGGAGCACACAUAGCCAGAGCAGCGUCCAAGGGCCUAGAAGCAGCAAUGGAGCUCAAACGACUGAGAGGUCUAUCCCCAUCUACCGCGCGGCAGUUGUUCACAUCAACUGUUGCCCCGGUGGCCAUCGGGCCCAUCAACCGGGUCCAACGAGUUGGAGCUCAAGCAAUUGUGGGAACGUUCCUCACCGUCGCGACCAGUGUGGCGGAAGCAGAGGUUCACAUCGCCUCGGCGCAAAGCCGGUUCUGGAGACGGGCAGUGAAGAUGUGGACGGACAUCCACACCCUACCGGAAACCAACCCACUCCGCAGGAAUACGGAUCGUAUCAGGAAAUUCCGAAGAUUCCACCGCUCGCCGUUAUACCAGGUGGCAGACGUGCUGAAAAAUAUCGAGAUGGAAACACUAGAAACUAUUAAUCCAUUUACAUUAGCACCAUGGGAGGAACGACUGCAGACCGAUAUUGGACAAGCCCCAGAGUCACAGGCAGAAGCUGGCGGAUCCAUGCAGAUCGCAGUCAGCAGCUCAGCACGGAAUGAGGUGGUGGGAUUUGGCGGAGUGAUUCAAAAGCAGCCGCCCAAGUACAAGAAGCCAAGACUAAAGACCUUUUCCGUCACACUUGGCGCAAGAUCGGAGCAGAACCCAUACUCGGGAGAGCUGGCAGCAAUGGCACACGCAUUGAAGACGCUACCAGUACUGAAACUGUACAGAAUCACGCUGCUGACGAGCAACAAAGCGGCUGCACUCACACUGGUGAACCCGCGACAACAGUCGGGCCAGGAGCACACUGCGAAAAAUGCAAACAGGAUCACAAUCCGCUGGGUCUCCACGAGUGAGGAUAACGAACUAUUGGGCCUCGCUAAAGUGCAAGCCAGAGCAGCGACCCAAGAGGGCCCCGUGCCAUACAUACAGCUCCCCAGAAUGAAAUCAACCACUCUCAAUAUCGCACGAUCCCAGCAAGGCACCACCGGCAAAGGCUUGCCAGGGAAAGUGGGCAAACACGUGAAAAGAGUGGACGCGGCCCUCCCAGGCAAGCACACCCGACAGCUGUAUGACCGAUUAUCGUGGAAAGAAGCGAGCGUGCUGGCCCAGCUCCGGACGGGCAUGGCAAGAUUAAACGGAUACCUCUACCGAAUCAACGUUGCGCAGACCGACCAGUGUGAAUGUGGACAAGCAAGAGAGACGGUAGAGCACUUUCUCUUUCGAUGUCGGAGAUGGACGGCACAUCGGACAGAAAUGCUGCAAUGUACCAACACGCACCGGGGCAACAUAUCCUUCUUCUUGGGCGGGAAAUCGCCCUCAGAUAAUCAAGACUGGACUCCAAACUUGGAAGCGGUACGGACGUCAGUACGGUUUGCAAUCGCCACCGGCCGACUCGACGCCGUUUAA